AUGCUGUCCAGUGCUUGCAUUCUUGGGCUGCUUUUCUCUGCCACCGCGAGUGCCCAAUUCGUAACGCCUCCGACAGAUCUAACGACCACAGCAGGAUACCUCGAUAUUCCAGUCCGAUGGAAGGAAGUGCCUGAAGGCAUUUGCGAAUUGACACCAGGAGUGAAAAGCUAUUCAGGAUAUGUCGACGUUUUCGAAGAUCAGCAUGUCUUUUUCUGGUUCUUCGAAAGCCGCAACGGAAGUCCAGAAGAAGCGCCCUUGACAGUCUGGAUCAAUGGAGGACCAGGAUCAUCUUCCAUGAUUGGCCUCUUCCAGGAACUGGGGCCAUGCGGUGUGGAUGCAGAUGGAAAUGUCUAUACGAAUGAGCACGCCUGGAACAAUGCCUCGAACAUGUUGUUCAUCGACCAUCCUGCUCAGGUGGGCUUCAGCUACUCGACUCCCGUUUCUGGAUAUGAGACGAAAUCAUCACAAGUUGCCCAGCUGCCAAAUGCGACCUGCUUCGGUUUUGCUGGAGAUACAUGCGGAACUUACAGCUACCCAAAUUUGACCAACACUGCCAACUCAACUGCUGAUGCGGCACCGAGCAUGUGGCGCACAUUGCAAGGAUUCAUGGGAGCCUUCCCGCAAUAUUCCAGGAACGAGUUCAAUUUUGCAACUGAAUCAUAUGGUGGACAUUACGGACCCAUAUUCAACGCAUACAUCGAAUCUCAAAAUGACUUGAUCGAGAAGUCCUCGUUGCCAGGAGCGCAUCACAUCAAGCUGUCGACUCUCUUGAUCGGAAAUGGAUGGUACGACCCACUGGUACAGUACGCUGCUUUCUACAAUUUCACGGUAUUCCCCGGAAACACGUAUGAUUAUGAUCCAUACAACCAGUCCACCAAAAAUCAGUUGUACAACGCAAUGUACGGACCUGGCAAUUGCUAUGACCGGACUCUGGAUUGCUAUAACAGAGGCAUCAACGAGAUCUGUUCCGCAGCCGAUACCUUCUGUGCCAACGAAGUGGAAUCCGUUCUCGACAACGUGGCCAACCGCGACGAAUAUGAUAUCCGAGAACUUUCUCCCGAUCCAUUCCCAUAUUCUUACUACGUGGACUACCUCAAUACGCCAAAAGUACAACAAGCCAUCGGCGCAUUCGUAAACUUCAGCGAAUCCAACAGUGCCGUCGGCAAUGCCUUUGGUAGCACAGGCGACGAUGAUCGAGAAUCAGGCACGAUCGCCGCAGUCCGCAGCUUAGUAGAAGACGGCAUCUACGUCGUUCAAUUCGCCGGAGACGCAGAUUACAAUUGUAACGGCGGCCAAGUCAUAGCCGAAAAGGUCAACGCACCAGGUUUCUCUUCCGCAGGCUACGAAAACGUCACGACUUUGGAUAACAUUGUUCACGGGCAAGUCAAAUAAUCGGAUAAUUUCGCUUUUGUGAGGGUGUAUGAAAGUGGACAUGAAGUUCCCUUUUAUCAGCCUGUACUCGCAUUAGAAAUGUUUGAGCGAGCGAUUAAUGGUAAAGAUAUUGCUACUGGGAAGAAACAUUGGAAGCAGUAUAAGAGUGUUGGACCGGCUGAGAGUACUUAUCGAGAGGGUAAUGGGACGAUGCAGUCUGCGGUUCUGCCGGCGAAUGCUACGUAUAAUACGACGACGAAUGCGCCGAAUCCGGUUAAUGGGACUAAUGGGACUGCUGGGAUUUCAGCUGGUGCUGCCAGACAAGAUAUGAAGAAGAAGGCGAAGCGGAUGUUCAAGCCUUCGUAUCAGAACAGGAGAU